AUGAGAGGGAUAAAAGGGACUAGGGGAGGGACAAGGGGAGGAAGUAUUGAUUCAGCCAAUACCACAAACGCUAGUGCUCCUUCUACCCCUGUCAAUAUUCCUCCUCCUCCUACUACCAGCACUGCUGCACCUUCCACCAGCACUAUCAUUGCACCUGUCCCUUCCUCAAAAUUCAACAUCAAAUGGGAAAGCAGGGGCAUAGAUCGCACCUCCUUCCUGGUUGCUUACCUUAUGGCUCAUCAUGGGGACUGUUGUGUACUUUUCAGCAAGAACAAAAAGAAGAAGAAUCAAACUAUGCAAGAUGAUGACAGUGGCUUGCAGCCUUCCAGCAAAGAAAAGGGUGGCAUCCAUGCCGUCAUUGCAAAGGAGAUCUUUGCCAAAGAUGUUCACUAUAGCAACUACUAUCAGGCAUAUCCUCAAAAUUUUGCAGUUGCAGUUGGAAACCAUUUUACCUUGCAAACCAGAGGUAGAGUUGACCCCACUGAUCCAAGUGCAGCAGCCAAUCUAUGUGAGGAUGUGCUAAGACAACUUCCAACCUAUGAUGACCUCAAUGAGUUAUGGCACAGCAUCCCAUCAUAUGCCCCCAAGGCAUUCUCAUCCAAUCACAAAGCUGAUUACUCUGGCCACCUUCUGUCUAUGAUGCACAUGAAAAGUGCUCUUACUUCCACAGCUGCUGUCAGUAGCUGUCCAGCUCCAGAUGAUAAUAAUGAAUUUUAUGAUCUGGAUGGCUGUCAUAUCCCAUAUGCCAGACAUAGAUCCCACCAUAUUCCCAUGCUUUCCAGACCUAUUUCUGGACCCCAUAUCCAACUCAUUCCUGGAUCCCCUAUCCUGUCCACCCUAUGCACAUUCCAUCCAGCAAGACAUCUGGACUUUACCUCCUCUUGGAUUCUGGACUACGUUCACCACCUCACAUAUCUCAGUCCUGUUUCCACCCUGCCUUCUGGAUCCCCAGAUCUCCAGACCUCUGGAUAUUAA